UUCGAGAUAAGGAAUACAUUAUUUAUUAUUUAUAUCGAUGCCAAAGCCAAACUGUAAAAUAUUAUGAUAAAUAUUAAAUAGUGAAUUCUGGACUCUGGAAUCCGUAAUUCCGUAUCUAUUCAGUCUUCAUUUGGAGUUUGGACCACGACUCACGACAACUCACGGUUCACUACUAUUGUGACCAUCGUGAUUUGGACUAACUGUCUAAGCUUGGAUAAUUUAUUAAUUUAUCAAGUAAAGCUUAAAUCAACUUAAGCAAAAUUUAAUUUUUAAUUUUGCAAUAUGCCUCAUUUCCGUUUGGAAACAAAUGUUUCCAAGUCUAAAGUAACACCAGAAUUAUUGAAAAAGCUUUCUGCAGCUGUGGCCAAAACUCUUGGAAAACCAGAAUCGUAUGUAGUUGUGACUAUUGUGCCCGAUCAACUUAUGACAUGGGGUGGAGAUGAUAAGCCCUGUGGUACAGCUACGUUAAUGAGCAUCGGUUGCCUAGGCGUUGAACAGAACAAGAAACACGCAGCUGUCUUGUAUCCUCUUUUAAAAAAAGAACUAGGCAUACCAGAUGACAGAUUAUACAUAACAUUUUCGGACCAAAGUUCAUCCAAUGUUGGUUAUACUGGAACAACCUUUCAAACAAUUUUAGGAUAAUUAAUAUAAGGGGAACAAAAAACUACACUACCUACACUACACUACACUUUAUAAAGUUUCACUUUCUACGAUUAUGUAAACUUUACAACCAUUAUCUAAAAUAAAAUUCAACAUAGAUUUAAAUUAAGAAAAAUAAACAGCUAACUUAUGUAUUGA